CUCUCUUCCCCUUCGACCCCUGCUCCGGACGUCCUUCAAGAGUGCUUUCAUGGUGCGUCUAGCAUCUGGCAAACCCCGACUCUCGACCAUCGAUUCAACACUAACAAGAUGGGAAAGUACUACUGUGAUUACUGCGAUGUCUUCCUCACCCACGAUUCUCAAUCAGUAAGAAAGGCGCACAACAGUGGACGAAAUCAUGUACAAAACGUGAUAGAUUACUACAACGGACUCGGACACAAUCAAGCCCAGUCGCUUAUCGAUAGGAUCACUCGACAGUAUGAAGGUGGUGGUGGACCGCCAAUGGGGAUGGGGAUGGGAAUGGGGAUGGGAGGACCGCCCGUGAUGCGGUCGGCCAACCCGCCGUUCAUGGGAGGAGGCCCGCAAGGUUUCCGCCCACCGCAAGGCUACCCUCCUUUCCAAAACGGACCCCCGGGAUCUCAACCCUUCUUUCCUCCUCCGGGCGGUCAAAACUUCCCUCCUCCUCCUGGUAUGAACGGAUUCGCCCCCCGUCCGCCUUUCGGUGGACCCGGAAUCGGAGCCACAUCUGCACCUACACCUUCGAUGCAAUCGCCCGCUUCGGCACCACUAGGGGUUCCUUCUCCUAUGGGACAAUCACAGGCGCCGCCAGCAGGAGCCCAAUUUACGAGCGCUCCUCCGGGGGCGGCGAAUGGUCGGGCGCCGAUGAUCAACCCGGAAAGGAUGAGGAUGAUGGGGAUGUAGAGGUCGGGCCCGAGACUGAAGCGAGGAGUGGGGUAUAUCAUGGAAGACGAUACGGGAUCGCUCUGGAGUGCGCAAAGAGAAUCAUCUCGUGGGAUCCCUUCGGGGUGACGGACAAAAGCGAAUGGGAUGGGUUUGCAGGGAUAGAUCAACGACGUCGAGGUCGGGCUGGUUGUAAUGAUUUCUUCUUCGAUACGAGCAUUGAAUACCAAAGGUCUAUCUGGC